AUGGGCGAGGAGCCAGUCCUCGCACUCAGUGCAGAUCCGCGAAUACUGUCUACCAUGUUUCUGAGUGCCCUCCUAAGUUUCUUGGCUACUGCCUUUCAUUCCAUCACCUGCGGAAUCUUUCUUGAACCGUCACUUGACCCAAAGGCCAUGUCUCAAAAGCCAAAGCACAUCGUCACCAUAGGUGGUUCUUUCGCUUCGGUUAGAACCGCUCAUAAGUUUCUCCAAGGAAUUCAGAGCAAAAGUGCAGGGCCUUACAAGGUGACAAUAAUUUCUCGCGAUUCUCACUUCUUCUGGAAUCUUGCCAUGCCCCGCGCCAUCAUCCCAGGAACCAUCUCCGAUGAUAAUCUCUUCCAAGCUAUUGCACCUGGAUUUGCGAAAUACGGCGACAAUUUUGAGUUGAUCGUUGGUACAGCUACUGGUAUUGAUUUCAACAAUAAGCAAGUCAAGAUUUAUAAAGCAGGGCAGGAGACUUUCAUCAGCUAUGAUUACCUGCUGAUUGGUACUGGAUCUUCGACCAAAGCCGAAUCACCCUUCAAGUCUAGAGGAUCAACUGAUGCGACGAGGGACUAUGUUAAUGCGUAUCAGAAACGUGUUGGAGCAGCCCAGCACAUUAUUGUUGCUGGUGCAGGGCCGACUGGUGUAGAGGUUGCAGGCGAGUUGGCGGAUCACUAUGGCAACCAGAAGGAGAUAACCCUAAUCAAUGCCGGUCCAAGUGUCCUUGAUAAUCGCCCCGACAGCGUCUCCAAGUCCGCACAUAGGCAGCUCGAGAAGCUCGGCAUCAAGAUCAGACUCAACACCAAAGUCAACGAGUCUAUCACUCUUCCCAACGGCAAGCAAGAGGUGACCUUCUCAAGCGGCGAAAAGGUUGUGAAAGAUCUCGUCAUUCAAACAUUUGGCGUUGUUCCCAACUCAUCUUUCCUCCCGCCUGAUCUUCUUGACGAGCACGGCUAUAUUAAGGUCGAUCAAUAUCUCGCUAUCGAGGGCCGAGAGGAUGUCUUCGCAAUUGGAGACGUGUCAAAUGUCGAAGCACCGCAAUUCUGGUUCGUGAAUACGCAGGCUGGUCAUAUGGCCAAGAAUUUGGUGCAGAUAAUGCUUGGAAAGCCUAUGACUCCGUACAAAGCCUCGACAACUGCAAUGGGAGGAAUUCAGAUCGGCAAAUCGGGCGUAGGUCAUUAUGGAAAUUGGCGCAUCCCAGGUUUUAUGGUCCAUGCGAUCCGAAAGACGUUGUUUGUCGAGCAAUUGCCUAAGAUGAUUGACAAUGGCAAUUGA